AUGAAGUCUCUGCACUCUCUUCUCUCUCCACCCACACCAGUUUUGCUACUUCAUCUAUCACUCAUCUUUACGACGACAUUCGUUGCUGGUCGACCAAACUUCUUUCAGAACAACCCAUCGACUCCCCCAAACCCAUCUUCUGACCCAUGGCAACCAUUCCACAAGUUCGCCGGCUGUCACAAAGGCGACCACAUCGCCGGCUUGGCCAAACUCAAACAGUACCUUCACCAAUUCGGUUACAUCCCUUCCUCUUCUUCUUCCUCUUCAAACUUCACCGACAAUUUUGAUGAAACCCUAGAAUCCGCUCUCAAGCUGUACCAGAAGAAUUUCAACCUUAACGCAACAGGCAAACUCGACAACACCACCGUACAAAUGAUCGCCCGUCCCAGGUGCGGCGACGCCGACAUCAUCAACGGCACCACUUCCAUGAAUUCCGGCAAGCCAGCACAUACGACCCUCCACACCGUCUCUCACUACUCCUUCUUCCAGAACUCUCCCAAAUGGCCAGAUUCUAAGCGUAACCUCACCUACGCGUUUUUGCCUGCCAACCAGUUAGAGGCUAACGCCAAGGCCGUGUUCUCCCGUGCUUUCCAACGGUGGUCCACUGUAACGCCGUUAACUUUCACAGAGAUAGAUUCCUACGAGGGUGCUGAUAUCAAGAUCGGGUUCUUCGUCGGAAACCACGGCGACGGAGAGGCGUUCGAUGGGACGUUGGGAACACUGGCCCACGCCUUCUCUCCCACUACCGGAUUGUUCCAUCUGGACGGUGAUGAAGAGUGGGUGGUGGAUGGAGAUGUUACGAAGUCGACGUCAUCCAAUGCCAUUGAUUUGGAAUCGGUUUCGGUACAUGAGAUAGGACACGUGUUGGGGCUGGGUCACUCGUCAGUGCAGGAAGCGAUCAUGUACCCAUCCAUCUCAGCUGGGAUCAGAAAGACUGGACUUGCGAACGACGACAUACAGGGGAUACAGGUGUUGUACGGUGGUAAUCCCAACUAUGUUCCUUCCACAUCAACACCGUCCAAUACGGAGAACGAUACUAAUGAUGGUGGGGUCCGUAUCGUUGAUUGGCAUUGGCGGUUGACGAUGGUCAUGGCUACCGUUGCUUCCAUGAGCUUGCUAUUGUAG